AUGUCUGUUCCACAGAAGACCGUUGUUGUUGGAGCUGGACCUGUUGGCUCUUUGGCUGCUCUAUUUGCUGCUCAACGGGGUCAUGAAGUUGAAGUUUACGAACUCCGCCCAGAUUUGCGCAAUCCCGGGACAAUUCCCUUGAACUUCACAAAGUCAAUCAACUUGGCAGUAUCAGAGCGAGGCAUUAAUGCAAUGCGGCAUGCCGGCCGUCCCAGUCUCCUAGAAACUGUAAUGGCUGGCACUAUCCCAAUGCGAGGCCGCAUGAUUCACGGCAAGAGUCCAUUAGGCGAUUUGUAUGAACAUGCUCAGGACUACGAUGCCAAGGGCCGUGUACGCAAGAACUUCUGCAUCUGGCCUCUAACCCGUUUCCUGUACUAA